CGUGCUACACGCAACUCUUUCCGGUAGAAACGCUGCAAAAUCUACCUCUAUGUUCUUACUCUGCCCGGGCAAGUACAGGUCAAAUUCAUUCACUUUCAACUCUCGCCUGACCAUCGCCAUGGCAAUGCAUCAAUGACAAAACCCAAAACAACAUUUCAACCAAAUGCAAUCAUGAACGGCAGAUUUUGUCCGCCGUGUUUACCUCGGCAGAGUUCAUCUCUUCAGUUACUCACACUCUUUUUUCCACUUACGUUUCAUCAUGAACAGUUCGCUCCAACUGCAGACAAUGUUGAGCACAACUGCAUUUGACCUGCCCUCUACCAAAUCUCUUCAGAUCUAGUACUGCUGGACGACCGUCAUUCCUUCGAUCGCCGUCUUUGAAUCUUCCUGUUCUAAUUUCUUUUCUGUCUGUGGGUUGCUUCUUUUUGUCUUUUCGUGAUCCAGUCUGCUACUUCAGUAAUUAACACACUCACCGACAGAUCCUGAUAAGAUGCCUCGCCAACAGAGAGACCCUAACAAGAUGCCUCGCCAUAACUGGCGACGAUAUGAGCUCAUUGCUCUUGCCGGUCUCAUAACUAAGAAUGAGCACCUUGCUGGCGACCUCCAUGUAGCCACAAAGCUCAAUGAGGCUCUUAACCAAUUUGACUAUGGUGGUGAUAUUGACAAAAGCGAGGUCUCUUUCAUGGUCAAGAGGAUUCUCAGGGAAUGCCCUGCUUUCAUGCGCAUGCUCCAUCGUUCCCGCGUGACUAAGCUCACAAAGACACUCAAGGCAACAUUCUUUCGAUCGCUGGCAGCUGCAGAUUCGAGACGGAAGAAGCUCAUUGCUGCUAGACAUACAUCCGAAAUUGAACAGUCAAAUGCCCAAAAUGGUCGCAACGGGAAUAUCGAUAUCAAUGAUGUUGGCAACGGGCGUGUGCUUCCAAGUAUUGAAGCAGAGGAUGGAGUUAGCAAUGGUCAAUCUUCUGCAGCGGCCACGCAGGCUUGGGGAGGUGGAGAUGAAGAAGGAGACGCUGCCUGUCAGGAUGAAGACGACUUCUAUGACCCAGACCCAGAAUCCUUGUUCGUUCCGGAGGGUCCAAACUGGCUUGAGCGGUUGGGUGCAGGUCAGACGUAUGAGCAAUCUCAUGCUUCGGAUUCGGCUUUUCCAGCUGAAAGGCCCGCUCUCAGCACUGGGUGGGGUGGGCAGGAUAUUGAAGAGGACGACACCGAUUCCUUGUAUGUAAUGGAGCGGGGUUCUGGUUGGAAGCCUGUUGUCCAUGGCGGCCACGACUGCGGCAGUGGAAAUGAUGAGAUGGAAUGGAAGGGAGCCAGCAGUCCUAGCCAAACUCGUAUGCGUCUCAACUCUCUCGGGGAGGAGGAGUAUAAGACUCUUUCUCCUGCUGCUCGACCUGAACACCAAGAAGUAGCCACUCCCAGCACCGCGGCUAAGCCUCGUCUCAGUGGACGGUUUCUCGUCUCACUGGAUCCGAGUUCUCCUCUUCGGGCUCAGGAAAUGACUGACGAGUCCUCUGGUCAUGAUCAAAUCCGAGAUAUUCAGAGCGUGACUAACUGGGUACUUUCGCAAGGCGCCUAUCUUGAAGAUGUACAAGAGGAGCAUGCCCAGGUUGAACAAGACAAUGUGCCGCUUCAGACUGGUGGUCAUUCCGAAGACGAUGAAGAUGAAGACGUCAACUGGCGCGUCGAAAGUAGAAACUCUACUGAGAGUGACACUGAGAUGGCUGAAGGUGACCAAUCGAUGAAUGAUGGCCGUGUUUCACGCCAGGGCCACCGUCAUCAUCCCUACCGCGCUCAUCUCCGUCGUCGCCACGCUGGCUACUCCUUCAACAGUCAUUCAAACGGAGGCGCUCCCCAUGGAAGCGGCGUUGGUAACCACGGCGGACUUCAUAUCACCUCUAACAGCUCCGGGCCGGCUCCAUUCGAUCCCUUCCAUCCCGGUGCCUCCGGGUCAUACGACAGGCCCACCAUGAUGGGAGAGUCGAGCAGCCAUCACAGCAUCGUCUCUGGAGGCCUAUCUUCUGAUGCUUCUGGCAAUACUUUCCGCUUUGGCGCAGAUUCUGGCAAUGCCAAUAAUUCUCCGCGCUCCCGUUCCCGCUCCCGCUCCCGCUCUCGUGGUCGUCAACCACGUGGCAAUCGCUUUGUCCCAGGGAGCGAAAUGCAUACGAUUGUUGAAGAAGGGAGCUCGCCUUAUGAUGACCGCCGUAUCAGGCGUGAACAGUCUAGCCGUCGAGCUGAACAUCAUCAUCACCAUUAUCAUCGAGACCGUGACCAGGCCUCUGAUCCUCAGAAUGACUCUCGUGAGCAUGAGCAAAUGUAUGACGAGCACGAUAACCAAGGUAACGAAGAUAUUCCGUGGGGCGGGACAGAUGAGUGA